AUGAGAGUGCUGUUAUUGCUGCUGAUAGGCAUUUUGGCCCCCGCGGCGCUAUCAUUGUCGACGGACGGCAUCUACGAUCUAGUCAAGCGACGUCUUCCACAACAUGCGGACAGUUUCGAGUUCUCUUUAGGCAAUGAGACUGAUAAAAACGCUACUGUCAACGAUAAAUAUGUUGUAUCUUCGACGUCUGAUGGGAAGAUUCUGGUGGAAGGAAAUUCAUUAAGUGCAUUGUCAUCAGGAUUGGAGACGGUAACUACACUUCCACCACUUAUAGAGCCUUUGACGGGGUCAAGUGUGGUUCCUUGGAGAUAUCAUUUCAAUACUGUUACAUUCUCCUACACAGCAGCAUUCUGGUCAUGGGAUGAUUGGGAAUUACAGCUGGACUGGAUGGCCCUCCACGGCAUCAAUCUGCCGCUCGCCUGGGUGGGAGCUGAGAAGAUCCUGGUCGAUGUUUUCCGUGAGUUAGGCUUGACAGACUCGGAGAUUCAAUCUUUUCUCAGCGGUCCAGCUUUCCAACCCUGGAACCGUCUUGGAAACAUACAAGGCGCCUGGGGCGGUGGUGAGAUCCCAUUCAGCUGGAUAGAUCGGCAGUUCGAGAUGCAGCUUCAGAUUGUUUCUCGUAUGGCUGAAUUGGGCAUGACUCCAGUGCUACCUGCAUUCUCUGGCUAUGUUCCGCGAGCAAUCACUCGUGUAUUGCCAAAUGCAACGGUAGUCAAUGGAUCACAAUGGGACGGGUUUCCAGUCCAAUACACUAAUGAUACUUUCCUCGAGCCGUCAGAUCCGACUUUUGCUGCAAUACAAAAGAGCUUCAUCGGCAAGCAACAAGCUGCAUAUGGUAGCAAUGUUACUCACAUAUACACAUUGGAUCAGUACAAUGAGAACGCGCCAUAUUCCGGAGACCUAUAUUAUUUACAAAAUGUUACACGCAACACCUGGCAAAGUCUCAAAGCAGCUGACCCCGAAGCUGUUUGGAUGAUGCAAGGCUGGCUAUUCUAUGCCAACUCGGCUUUCUGGACGGAUGACAGAAUAGAGGCAUUUCUCUCAGGCGUAGAGACAGAUAGUGAUAUGAUCAUAUUGGACCUAGUUUCUGACGCGGCGCCAUUAUGGCAAGGCACCAAAUCCUAUUACGGAAAACCAUGGAUAUGGUGUCAGAUGCAUGACUUUGGCGGCAAUAUGGGAUUUAUGGGGAGGAUACUUAAUGUCACUCAGAAUGCGACAGAGGCGUUGGCAGAGUCCGGAUCAUUGGUUGGCUUUGGGAAUACCAUGGAAGGUCAGGAGGGCAAUGAAGUCAUAUAUGACUUAUUACUCGAUCAAGCCUGGUCCAACAGUCCAAUUGACACUGAGAAGUACUUCCACAGAUGGGUCACUGCUCGAUACGGACCUGGUGCUUCUCCCGCAGAUACAUAUGCAGCUUGGGAGAGGCUUCGAACGAGCGUUUAUAAUGUUACCGACCCGAAUAGCAUUGCUGUACCUUGGCCCGUGGUCGUGUAUACGCCGGGUAUUGGUAUAGCAAAUAUCACCAGCGUCACUUCACUACCAUAUGAUCCUUCUUUUGUGGUUGAGGCUUGGUCACUAUUGUACAAUUCUGCCAAAGAUGAACCAUCGCUAUGGAACAACCCGUCUUACCAGCAUGAUCUCGUCGAUUUGACGCGGCAGGUGCUCGAGAAUGCUUUUAUUCCUCGAUACGAGACCUUGACUGACCUCUAUACCGGAACUAAUGCCUCUACUGAAGCAAUUUCUGCCGCAGGCAAAGUGUUACUCGACCUUCUGGAAACUUUAGACACAGUCCUCGCAACGAACAAAAAUUUCCUUCUGGCUACAUGGCUAACCGAUGCACGAUCUUGGGCGGGCGACAAUUCAAGCGUUGAAGACUUCUUCGAAUACGACGCCCGAAACAUCAUCACGCUUUGGGGUCCCAAUGGCGAGAUAAAGGACUAUGCAUCAAAAUCCUGGGCGGGUCUUGUCUCAUCUUACUACGCUCCCCGCUGGAAGAUAUUUGUGGAGUAUCUGGCGUCUACACCGGCAUCUGCCUACAAUAGUACAGUAAUUGAUGCUAAAUUGCUAGAUUUUGCGCAGCAGUGGCAGAAUGAGAAAACGCAAUCCAAUACGGCUGUCUCGACGAAUGGGAAGCUGAAUGAGGUAUUACAGCAGGCUGUGAAGCAGUGGCCGGAUAUCUUUGAUUCUUCGUCGUCAUAA